CUUUUGGUAAUUAGCUGCAAUUUCUACUCAUCAAAUUAUUUACGGUUGAGAUCUGAUCCAAGUUGAUUUGUUAAUUAUGGCAAAUACCUCUUGCUCCAUUGAGCUUGAGCCUAGGACACUGAGUCAAGUGCAGCUCACCCAAGCAAGGGAAGUAGCUGCAGAGGUAGUUCAAAAGUUGGAACCAAGUGCAGCAUCAGCUUUGUUUAUUGAGGGGCUCAUGCAUCCAAUAAAGGAAGAAACGCAGAUGGAAGAAAAUGGAAGCCAAGUUGAGAAGCUAAUUGAUGGCUCGAAGAAGGGUGAGGCUGUCACUGAUGAGAAAGCUUGCCAUUGCCAAUGCUCGUGCACUAUAGAAAAGCCAUUAUAUAUUGACCUAAAAGAACCCCUUUCUGCACCAUUUUGAUUUUUAGCCACACUGCCGAUGGUUUGAUUACAUUACAUGCUUUUGAAUUUGUCCUUUUUUUAUAAUCUCUUGAAAGAUGUGACUAUGUGGGUGAUGUUAACGCCAAUAUUGCUAAUAAAGUAGAGUAUUCAGAAAUGCACCAU